CAGGGCCAUUGGUCCGACACGCGACACACAAAAUUAUGGCAAUUUGGAGGACUGCCCGCCAACAAGAAAGAACAACAACGUGCGCGACGCGACGAUGGGCAACUGGCUGUCCUCAGCAGCACCCAGUGCUGCCCCUGAUGCAGCAGCAGCGACAGCGACAGCGACAACGAAGCAGACGCGGACACCUGCACAUGCAGCAGCAGCAACAAGGACGCAGACACCUGCACAUGCAGCAGAAGCCACAAGGACGCAGAUCGCAGCAGCGACAAGUACACAAAAGCGAAAGGCAAGCAGUUGUGGCAGCAAGAGCAGCUCCGAUGCCGUCAGUGACACCUCAAACGCAGCCAAGCGCGCCAAGUACAUGGACUUGGUCCCCGGCCUCGUUGAAGCCUAUUGGAAGACCCACACAGAGCCACCUGCCAAGCUAGGAGAGUUGAGUGUCCCGGGGACUGCACGUGAUGGAACAAAGCUGUCAAACCGGCAACGACGCCGUUUGCAGGACGAGGUGUUCUGGCAACUGACAGCAGAGCUGCGCAAAAAGAAGCGAAAGGAGAAGAAGAAGCAGCAACAGCAACAGCAACAGCAACAGAAGCGGCGCGGUGGUGCGCAGGCAAAGCCGAGCCGGGCCAUCCGCAAAGCAGCCGUCCCCAUGAGCAGCGACAAGGCCCGCAAGCACACCAUCGUAAUCGACCUCGACUUUGAACAGUACAUGGGCGACAAGGUGAGCAAGAUUGUGUAUCUGACCAGUGAAAGCGACAACAUCAUUGAAGAUCUGGAGGAGGACCACGUGUACAUCAUUGGCGGUCUUGUGGACCACAAUUCCUGCAAAGGCCUCACGCACCGCCUCGCUCAAGAGAAGGGAAUCGCACACGGACGCCUGCCCAUCGACGAGAACGCCAAGGCGCCCGAAGAUGCGUGA